UCUUUUAGCGUCGACUUGUUUGUUGGAAUUUUAGCAUUGGUAUACGAGAUACAUGAGGGAUUUCUGGCUUCUUUGACAUUGCUGCUCUUUGUACACUCGACGACUGUUCAAGCAGGACUUCUCAGUAUGGGUUGGGAACCAGCAGACACAUGGAAAGAAUGGUUGGAGAAGAACAUUAUAAUAUGGGCUGCCAAAGAUCCAGGAGGGUUCAUCUAUACAGUCCUGCUUUGUCUCACACCAUUUUUUAUCCUGAGUGGCAUACUGGCAUACUUCCUGGCAAAAGAUAUUGAGAAGAAAGAAAAGGACAAGAAAAGGAAAGCAAAAAGGGAAGCAAAUAUAAGGAAAGCACGAGGAAAACCAGAAAAAGAAAAAAAAGAUAACUGACUGCUGUUCUUUGAUUGACAGAGAUGUUUGUUUGCAGUGGCCUCUCCCAAGGUUAACUUUUUAACUGAAGACUAUUUUGUAUGAUUUAUUAAUAUUUAGAAUUCUGAUUAAAAAAAAAAAGUAAAAAAGAAUUAAAGGGUAACUUUAAGACAA